AAUGCCCGUGACGUCACCGUCCCGAGGAGGCAUGCAGAGUUGCGGAGGUGUCAGCCUGGGCGGCCAAAGCUGCCUCGCGGAGGAGAUCGGGUCCCCGUACACGCCGUCCAUUUCACCAGGCGCUGUCUCGCGGCCGCAGCGCCCUCUCCCGCGACAGCAACGCGCCAAUCACGUUGACGUGGACAGCGGACUCGGGGGCGAACCGCACGGGGUCACCGACCUCGUGGGCAAGAAAUCCAUGGCCAACACCACUCAGCCGACCACCACCGGAACGGGGCCCUCGGAUAUACCCUUUUCGGGGAAUGUGGAAGUGCCAAGCCAAGAGCACCCACUCGGGGAACAAAGCGCCCAACCGGCUCCCGUGGCACUGGCGACCAUGGCGUCGGCUUGCCUGAACAUAAGCCUGCUCACCCUGUUGUGGCGCCCUGCCGCGCCAGCGCACAGACGUCGCCGCAGCGUCUGCCUGACGCGGGCUUGCGUGGCUCUCAACGACAUGUUGGUGGCCGCGUUCAACGCCAGCGUCGACCCCUGCGACAACUUCUACGAGCACGUGUGCGGCGGCUGGAGGGAGUCGGCCUCCGUGUACGAGAAGCAUCUCAGCCUCUUUGUCGACAAGCAACCUGCCAAACCUGGCCCUUCUGGCGAGCGAAUCAAGAACCUUGUGGUGGACGUGAAACAGCUCUGUCAUGCCGAUGACUACGUGGACGACGAACGAGCGUUUGGGGACGUCCCGGCAGCCAAGCGUCCCAAGCAGGCGGCCUCGUUCACAGCCAUGGAGUGUGACUACGAAAGUGAAGAUGAAGAAGACGUGGACAACGAGGUCGACGACGGCGAUGACGAUUCGGCUGACCUGGAGAUUUUCAAUGCUGAGGAGGAUGACGACCGACUGUAUUACAAGGAGGAGGAAAAAUCAGACGAGGCGACUGCAAAGAGGAGCGCCAGGCGAGUCCAGUCGGCCAUCAGGCGCAAGGCCAAUGACGCCGAGGAUCUGAGCCUGGAAGAUUACGUGCCCGACUACUACAUUGACAGUCACAGAAAGAGGGACAGCUCCAGCCUUGCCAUUACAGUGACUCACUCGGCACGCUCCGUCGACAUCACCGAACUCUCUGGAGACAUCGUCAAGCUCGUCUUCAAGGGAAAGAAAUGUGAAAAUGCGGAACAUCCCGAGGUGUGCUAG